GGGUUAUACUUUGGUGCUGUUUGUAGAAGUGAUAACAGUGAUAGAAUCCAAUCAUUGCUGGUCCCCACACACCUGGAAAGUCCUGCCAGACAUCAAGUAAAACCCUCCAUGACCCUUGACCAUCAGAUCCUCAAUCAGACUAUUAAACGGUCCCACCCUUCAACGCAAAGCAGUGCGCUUGUGGUACAGCAUGCACACCCGUCCCCGGAGAGUGACCCAGGCAUCACUGGAAAUCCACUCACCACGUUGCUAACUCUUAGGAAAGAAGAUGACAAUGUGGAAUGGCAUUUAUCUGGAAAUAUUUUGGAUGUGUAUAGUGGUGAGCAGGGAAUUUCAUCAGUUAAUAUGGGCCUUACAAAUGCUUCCUGUUCGAGGAGUUUAUCAAUGAAAAAAGAAAUUACAGAAACUGAUACUCGAGCUUUGGCCAAAGAGAGACAAAAAAAGGACAACCACAACCUCAUUGAAAGAAGAAGAAGGUAUAAUAUUAACUACAGAAUCAAGGAGCUUGGCACUCUUAUUCCAAAGACUAAUGACCCUGAUAUGCGCUGGAACAAAGGCACCAUUCUGAAGGCAUCAGUGGAGUACAUCAAGUGGCUACAAAAGGAACAACAGAGAGCGCGGGAAUUAGAGCACAGACAGAAGGAACUGGAGCAGGCGAACAGGCGGCUUCUGCUCAGAAUUCAGGAACUAGAAAUACAGGCUCGUGCUCAUGGUCUUCCAUCCCUGGCUUCACUUGGCACCAUUGAUAUGGAUGCUCAUGUCAACACACAGACCCCUCUUGAGCAGAAUUCAGUAGACUACUGCCAACAGCCGACUCAGUUGCAGGGACUAAGCCCUGAGCUCUGUGACCAAGCUUUGUCCUUCUCCGAUCCUUUGUCACACUUCACAGAUCUGUCAUUCAGUGCUGCUUCAAAAGAGGAACAAAGAUUGGAUGACAUGCUACUGGACACCUUAUCGCCUUUUGGGACAGACCCUCUACUUUCUGCCACUUCCCCUGAAGUUUCCAAAGAGAGCAGUAGGAGGAGCAGUCUCAGCUCAGAUGAUGGCGAUGAGUUAUAACAAAAUACAUACACUCAAUUAAUCAACCAGGAAACAAUUCCAUGCUGAUGAAAAGCAAUUAUGUUCUUUGUUUCAUAUAUUGCUUUGGCUCCACUUUUCUGAAAGGACUACCUUGUUCAUGAAAAACCGAUGGAGGAAAUAACAACAGUAUAAUGAACGUACAGGAAGAAGACAUACGGUG